AUGCGGUUCACCGAUCGGACGUCUUUUGUUGCAUCCGCUUUCCUCGCCCUACCAUAUGUCUCAUCCGCUUUUUACCUACCCGGUGUUUCCCCGACAUCCUACGAUAAAGGACAGAGCGUUCCUCUCUAUGUCAAUCAUUUGACCCCUAGCCUGUCGGUCGACGACCAACUUCACUCCGUCUUCGCAUACGACUACUACCACCCGGCAUUUCACUUUUGCCAACCUCAAGAUGGUCCAAAAGAUGUAAGGGAAUCGCUGGGGAGCAUUCUAUUUGGAGAUCGCAUUCAAACCUCUCCGCUGGAUUUGCAUAUGGCGCAGGAUGAAAAAUGCAAAGCUAUAUGUGGAGGGACCAACAUUGAUGCCCGCAGUGCCAAAUUUGUGAAUCGCCGGAUAUCGCAGGGCUAUAAUAUUAAUUGGUUGGUGGACGGGCUACCCGCGGCGCAGCUGAACAAGGAUGAAAGUACCAAUACUCAAUUCUAUAGCCCCGGGUUCUCCCUCGGAGGGCUUGACGAAGGUACUGGCCAGUCUGUCUUGAACAACCACUUCAAUAUUCUGAUCGACUACCACCGAGUGGGUUAUGGUGGUCAGGACAAACUUCGUGUUGUUGGAGUGCUUGUUCAGCCUGAAUCUCACCCCGAUUCUCGAGUACUAGAUGAUGGGACGGCCGACUGCGGUAGCAAGGGUGUUCUCACUUUGAACGAAGAUGGUGAUGGUGAGACUGCUGUGACAUGGACCUACAGUGUCUACUGGAAGGAGUCUUCUACCGCCUGGGCUACCCGGUGGGACAAGUACCUCCAUGUCUACGACCCGAAGAUCCACUGGUUCUCUCUCAUCAACUCUGCCGUCUUUGUCGUCUUCUUGGUGGGUAUGGUGAGCAUGAUCCUCGUGAGGGCCUUGAAGAAGGAUAUCGCUCGUUACAACAGAUUGGAUUCGUUCAACCUUGAAGAUCUGGAUGGAACUUCUGCUGCUGUCGAAGAUGGCAUCCAAGAGGACUCGGGCUGGAAGUUGGUUCAUGGCGAUGUCUUCCGUUGCCCCCAGUCACCUCUUCUACUCAGUGUAUUGCUGGGUAAUGGUGCUCAGCUUUUCAUGAUGGCUGGUGUCACUGUCGCCUUUGCGCUUCUUGGUCUCCUCUCCCCCGCCAACCGUGGUUUCUUGGCAACUGCUAUUCUCAUGAUCUCUGCUCUCUUCGGUGGAAUUGGUGGAUAUGUCUCGGCGCGUGUCUACAAGGCAUUUGGCGGCGAGGCCUGGAAACGUAACAUUGUCAUGACCCCUCUGUUGAUUCCCGGUUUUAUCUUCAGUGUUUUCUUCCUGCUUAACCUGUUUGUUUGGGCUAAGGGAUCGAGCGGUGCUGUUCCGUUCGGUACUAUGCUGGCUCUGGUUCUCAUCUGGUUUGUCAUUAGUGUCCCAUUGAGUGUGGCUGGUAGCUGGGUUGGAUUCCGUCAACAGCCCAUUGAAGGACCAACCAAGACCAAUCAAAUUCCCCGACAAGUGCCACCUAUGGCUGGUAGCCUUCGCACCAUUCCAUCCAUCCUUCUCACCGGUAUUCUACCAUUUGGCGCCAUAUUUGUCGAGCUCUACUUUAUCAUGACCUCCCUUUGGACGAACAAGAUCUAUUAUAUGUUUGGGUUCUUGUUCUUGUGCUACGGUCUGAUGAUCAUCACCUCUGCGGCCACCACUAUUCUCCUGGUAUACUUCCUGCUAUGUGCGGAGAAUUACCGGUGGCACUGGCGUGCCUUUGCCGGCGCUGGUAUGACUGGUGGCUAUGUGUUCCUGAAUGCUCUGAUCUUCUGGGCGACCCGAGUGAGCUUUGGUGGCUUGACAGGAGCUGUCCUCUACGUGGGGUACUCUGCCAUGAUUGGUUUUAUCGUAUUUAUUCUCACUGGGUCUAUCGGCUUCUUCGCCAGCUGGGCUUUCGUGCAGCGUAUCUACGGAUCCAUCAAGGUUGAUUAG